GAUAAAAUGGGCUCAUCACAUCCCAGCGCAAAUUAGGGUUCCUCCUCAAAAAUUCCCAGCUCCACCUUCUUCUCUUCUCUCAAUGGAUCCAUCACCUCUAUCUCUUUCUCUCUCUUCUUCUUCCAUGUAAAUUUCAUCUUUCCCGCCAUAAUUUGCAGAUUCAAAGACUCUGAAAUGAAAACACUUGUUUCGUUUUGGUGAAUUUCUGGUAGGUAGCAAAUGUUCUUACCUUAACUUUGGGUGGUUACUGAGAAGUAUUAUAUAAUGUCUGAAGAGGCUGGGCAGAUGAUGGUGAUGUAUGACGAUCCCUCAGAUCAAAGAUCUUUGUCUCUGGAUGAUACAAGCAGCACAGAGGAAUCACCAGAUGAAACCAGGCUCUCACUAGAAACCACAAAUGAUGUGGUUCCUUACAUAGGGCAGAGGUUUGCUACUCACGAUGCUGCUUAUGAAUUCUAUAGUGAAUUUGCCAAGCGUUGUGGCUUCUCAAUCCGGCGGCAUCGCACAGAAGGGAAAGACGGGGUUGGCAAAGGGCUUACAAGACGCUAUUUUGUCUGCCACCGUGCUGGAAACACUCCUGUCAAAACUUCAAACGAAAAUAAACCUCAAAGAAACCGAAAAUCCUCUAGGUGUGGAUGCCAAGCAUACUUGCGGAUAAGCAAGACAACAGAAUUAGGAGCACCAGAAUGGCGUGUUACGGGUUUUGCAAACCACCAUAAUCACGAACUCUUGGAACCGAACCAAGUCCGUUUCCUUCCUGCGUACCGCACAAUAUCAGAUACUGAUAAGAGCCGGAUUCUCAUAUUUGCCAAGACUGGAAUUUCAGUGCAGCAGAUGAUGAGGCUCAUGGAGCUUGAGAAGUGUGUAGAGCCUGGAUAUUUGCCAUUCACAGAGAAGGAUGUCAGGAACUUACUUCAAUCAUUUAGGAAAGUGGAUCCGGAGGAUGAGAGCAUAGACUUGUUAAGAAUGUGUAGAAACAUAAAGGACAAAGAUUCAAACUUCAGAUUUGAGUUUACACUUGAUUCAAACAACCGGUUGGAGAACAUUGCUUGGUCGUAUGCUUCAUCGGUCCAGUCAUAUGAGAUCUUUGGUGAUGCAGUGGUAUUCGAUACAACACAUCGCUUAAAUGCUUUUGACAUGCCUCUUGGGAUAUGGGUUGGAAUGAAUAAUUAUGGAAUGCCUUGCUUCUUUGGUUGUGUACUUCUCCGAGAGGAAAACUUGAGGUCCUUCUCUUGGGCUUUGAAGGCAUUCUUGGGGUUCAUGAAUGGGAAGGCUCCACAAACAUUAUUAACCGACCAAAAUAUGUGUCUCAAAGAAGCAAUAGCAGUGGAGAUGCCGGCUACAAAACAUGCACUGUGCAUUUGGAUGAUUGUUGCAAAGUUCCCAUCCUGGUUUAAUGCUGUUUUGGGGGAACGUUACAAUGAAUGGAAGGCUGAGUUCUAUCGACUCUAUAAUUUGGAGGCAAUCGAGGAUUUUGAAUUGGGGUGGAGAGACAUGAUUAAUUCCUUUGGGCUGCAUACUAAUAGGCAUAUAACCAAUUUGUUUGCUUUGCGGUCGCUAUGGGCGUUGCCAUACUUGAGAAGCCAUUUCUUUGCGGGGAUGACUACAACUGGCCAGUCAAAGUCAAUUAAUGCUUUUAUUCAACGGUUUUUGAGUGCACAAACCCGGCUCGCACACUUUGUGGAACAAGUGGCCGUUGCUGUGGAUUUCAAGGAUCAAGCAGGAGAACAACAAACGAUGCAACAGAACCUCCAAAACAUUUGCCUCAAGACAGGGGCCCCAAUGGAAUCUCAUGCAGCAACAAUCCUCACACCUUUUGCGUUCUCUAAGCUCCAAGAACAACUUAUUUUGGCUGCACACUAUGCGUCAUUUCAGAUGGAAGAUGGUUUCCUUGUUAGACACCACACAAAACUCGAGGGAGGCCGGAAAGUCUACUGGGUCCCACGGGAAGGUAUCAUAAGUUGCAGCUGCCACCAGUUUGAGUUCUCUGGGAUCCUUUGUCGGCAUGCUCUUCGUGUCCUCUCUACCGGAAAUUGUUUUCAAAUCCCAGAAAGGUAUCUUCCCCUCCGUUGGCGCCGAAUCAGCACACCGUCCACAAGGCUCCUUCAGAGUACUCCAAGUGAUCACGCAGAAAGAGUUCAGUUGUUCCAGAGUAUGGUAUCAACACUUAUAACAGAGUCGGCCAAGUCAAAAGAACGGCUUGAUAUUGCAACGGAGCAAGUUUCCAUACUACUAUCUCGGAUAAGAGAGCAGCCAGUGCUGUCGCAAGGUAUGAGAGACAUCUCCUCCAUCCACAGGAAUCUUUGAAUUUAGUUGAUAUUCGCAUGAUUUAGCAUAUUCAAAAGUGAGAGAAACAUGCAAAAAUGUGGUGAUGACAAGUUAGCUGGUUUUGUAAAGCUAGUUUUCCAAGAUGGGUUUCCUUUGUAAAAGGGGUGAGAGCUGGCUUGUGGGCUAAUAUUCCUUGCAUGGAAUUUUUGUAGUUUUGAUGCAUUCAAUCACAAUCACUUGGUGUUGUCUUUCUUAGACAUCAUGGACAGUGAAAGAUUUCACACGGAAUCUAUUAUGUAAAGAUAUCUAUGGAAAAAGGAGAUUUUCUUUUGCAA